AUGUAUACUAGUAGCGCCUAUGACGGAGACUACGUUUACGGAGCUGGAAAGCAUAAAGUUAUCAAUGAUGCAAUGUACCAAUGGACAAUGCCUGGAGAGUACUAUGCCAUGAACCAAGCAAGUGUUCGACGACAAUCGCUUGUACACUUGCGCAAAUAUGGCUUAUUAGGAUAUCUACGAGGUCGGUUGCAACUAUGA